AUGCGACAUUUUUCUAUCAUAUUUGCCACUGUCUUCCUUCAAGCCUUGACCUCAGCCGAUCAAAGUUGUGCGGUAAACCCGAAGCAGCUGAAAUGUCGUCGAGGGAAACCGGUUGGGGGAAACUCCGGGCAGUCGAAGAGCUCAGGAAUUACGCAAUGGGUUAUGCAAGCAACACCAGCGAUUGAGGAUGAAAUACAGAAAGUAACAUCAUCCCCAAAGAGUCAUGGAAUAACACAAUGGGUCGGUUUUUUCACGCCAGCUGUAGAGUACAACUACAACGACGACCACGAGGACGACAACGAAUACAACGAGUACGACGACUACAACGACUACUACGAGUACGACGACGACGACAACAACAAAUACGCCGACUACAACAAGUACGACGACGACUACAGCGACAACUACUACCAUACCUCCAAAAGCCCCCACCUGCCUAGACGUCUACACGCCCUGGGAACCAGUCACCGAAUGCACAGAAGAAUGUGGAGGAUGUGGAACCUGGAAAAUCCGAAGAACCUGUGCCCCAGAAUGUGUCUGCACUGGCCGCUUAGAACGCGUGGAAAAUUGCAACUAUUCCCUGUGCUGGUUCCCGCACCCGUCGUGUUGCGGACCAAGAAAAAGGACCUAUUUCCCGGACAGAAACCAGCGAUACUCCAAUUGCUGACUUCACUUGUCGAGCCCGUCCCGGUCCAU